UUGUAGUCAGAGAGCGUCAAGAAUCCAAACUUAGCACAACUUCAUGUUAAUCCUUUUUUGAGUUUGACACAUUACUUGCAGCAGCAACCUUGCACAAGUUGUGUGUUAAUUUUCACGUACACGUUACGUACAGAAGUAUUCGAAGCAUUCAUUCAUUUUUAUAUGGGCCAUCGUUUAAAUCUUCAUUCCAGUUAUCAUCAGCUCAGUUAAUUUCAGGCAAUGCCAGGUUCAGGAGAUAGAAAGCAAGCUGUUGCUGCUGGUGGUUCUAGGCGGAAGACAUCUCAAUCCAACACUCCAACCCCAAGUAUCAUUGCUAGUUCAGAGCUUGGAGUUAAAAGCCAAACCACCGAAGGAUACGCUCCCGUCAAUAAUUUUAACUCACAGGAUGUUGUCAACCAUUUCGAUCGUACAUGGAAAGCAGCACGAGAAUACCAUAAUCAACCUAGCGCGUCAAACACUGGUAAUGAGAUCUACAAAGGAGCAGAGACUAUGCCUAUGACAUGGGCAGACAAAGACGCAGCCAAAGGUCUUAUGAGCAAUGGGGUUAGCUUUUUGGCCGAACUGAAAAGAAAGCAAGCUAUUGCACCUUGAUGGUUAAAAAAAAAAUGAGAGAGAGACAGAGCUGAAGAGGAUUCUAGGAGAAGGAAAAUUCAAUAAAAAUAAAAUACUAGAACUAAAAAAUAACAAUUGAC